UCACGGUUCUUGGCUUUCCUCGUCUACUUAUUCUUUUUCGACGAGUACACGAUGUCGAACCCCGAUAACGAGACAAACUUCAAUUUCAGGCGACCUCGCGAAGAGGAGGAUUUUGGCAGUGGACGUCCCCUUCGACGGCUUAAGACCUUGGAUGGCGAGCAUGCUAUUGCAGUUUCUCACGAGAAGAGGGGAGACGCAAAGGCAAAGCUUAUUCGAUCCGUUGACCAUCGAAUUGUAGUCAUUCGAGUGGCCAAGACCAUGCUGGAGUUUCACGCCCAUUUCCUACUUCGAGAAUCGACAUCGUCUUUUCAUCGUCUUCUACGCGAGGGAGGAGCCUCGAAGGUAUUCGACUCUGAUGAUCCAUUGGUGUUAGAUGAGAGGUUGGAGGAUAGUGCCAUAGCCUUUCAUUGGCUGGUGUACUUGAGCCCUUUAAAGACACAGAUCUCCAGAGUGCAACCCUCCGAACUUCAUAGCAUCGUUCUCGCAGGCAUCUUCGCUCGUCGGUUCUCGCUUCACAACUACUACAUAUAUAGCAUUCUGUGCAUUCAGCACAUCGCACACUCGAUCUCGUUCCACGCCCCUCCCAUGCCCAUCAUCACAGACAUCCUCAAGCUGACCUCUGAAUCGGGACCGAAAGCAUACGAAGACCCCGAGAGUGCCGAGUACGACAUCCGAAUGCACGUCUCGCGCGCGUGGAGCACUCGUGUCGCGUCCUUCAAUCCCUCCAGUCGCGGGGGCGCAAUAUGCAAGGCCCAAGCCAUGCAGGAAUGGCUCGAGCUCGCAGCCAAAUACGACCAUAAGCAUCUCCUCGCAGACAUCUACCUUUACUACGCGUGCACCAUUAUCCCUGUGGAUACGAAGGCGCCGUUCGCUACAGCGUCGCCGGAUCCCUCACUUCCUGAUCAUCAUCUCCGCGCUAUCCACGCAGGGGGCUACUCCCUGAGCAACCUGUGGACCAACAUCGCUGCGACGCCACCGCCCUUGCCUGCCUCUCCUCCGCUCGGUUACUGUCCUCGGCCCCUGGUCCAUGCGUCGGUCUGCGCCAACGAUUGGAAUCACAUCUGGCGUGUGGCUAUCAAUCAUCCCACCGUCCGGGCCCGCGCAGAUGCGGACAUCUUCGGGAAGCUGAACGCGCUGCACGAGCUUGUCGGUCCGCAGUUCCUGCAUCCGGCGAACUGCUACCGUGCUGCCUUCCGGGGUAUCUACCCGGUGGGCGAGCUGAUUAAGAAGAUGAAGGAGACGCUGCCGGAACAUUUCGGCUUGAUGAAGAUGAAGAAAGAAGAUGAAGGAAGCUCUGGCAAGGUUUGAAAGGGCGAAUCAGCUCUCCCUGUUGCCGCAACCUGCUGGGCAUCUGGCCGGUUUCUCUCGCUUGUACUUUCACUUAUUACAGAGCAUAUACAGUACUAUUCGAUAGUCUCGCCCGAACCGAGCUCCUUCACUGUAGAGUAAUCGUUUUCAUAAUAGUCGAACACACCCAAAUGUAGUAAUUCUGACGCAGCCUCAAUGCAAGUAAUACCGUUUCUCGUAUUGAUCGUCCGAAUGUUACUUGAUCUCCUAAUAUCGGGUCUCUGGUUGAUCGAAGUCACGCACGCGCUCGACAUGGAGUAUGGCCCGCUUCAUUCCCGUUUGAUCUGUCGGGAACAGG